UGACGUCAAUGUCAUCACACAGACGCUUGCCAUGUGGACAUAACGUAGACUGCUAAACACUAAGUUAGAAUUUAAAAGGAAAAACUGAUCCUACAAGCAAGCAGCCAUGGGAAAGAACCAGAAGCAGAGGGCGGGGAAGAAGCCUAUGAAUGUUUUCCAGGUGGCAAGCAAACAGUUCAAGCCCAAAAGUAAAACAAAACCAGUCAAAACAUCUCUCAAACACAUCAACUCUUUGAAGAAAGAGAAGGUGGAAAACCUGAACGAGAUGUUCACCCAGGUCCAGCGUGAUGUGAAGAGUAUCUCCAAAAAUGUCGUUCAGGAGCCUAAAAAGCAAGCUCAGGUGGUGAGGAAGCCACCCAAGGAGGCAGUGAAUGUGGACAAUGCCGCAGAUCUUUUCUCCCAGUUGUAAUUGAGUAAUGCCGCCUUCUGGCUCUAAAUGGCAAACUGCUUCAUAAGUGAUGGACCUUGACAACCAUGUUAAUUCCGUAACUGAAAUUCAGUAACUAUUUCAGUAGCCAGGCCUUCAGGUGAUGGUCAGUGCUAGCCAGUCACAUGAUCACAUGAUCUUCGGGUAUGUCUGCCCAACCAUGCGCCCUCUGGUGGCCAGGACAUGUAAAUGUUCACGGACCAGGGGAUAAUGAAGCCUUUGCUGCAGGACUGUCCUGUGCAUGUUAGAGCGGUUCGACAUGCCGUUGUAUUUGUUCAAGAAAAAGGUCAUACGUCUAGGAAGAGGGUUUCAGAGAAUUGUGUAAAACCUCCAUGAUUCUGAGGGCUGAGGUGAGGCACUUCAUUCCGAGAUGAAGUGAAUAUGAUUGUUGAUGCCGAAUUAAAUAUUGAAUUAAAAUGUUAGAUAGA